CUUGAUCCAAUAUUUCAUUUGUAGCCAAACUCUUAGUUGUCUCCAUUACUCCCAUAGCCACUGGAGACAAAGACUCUCAAGACUCCAUUGAAGUCCCGCAAGAUGCUUUACAGGUUUUCUCAGCUUUCUACGAGGAGGACAAUGCUACGACUUCAUCAGAAAUUGUGUGGUAGAACAGUGGUUUUUACCCGAAUGUAUAGUUCUAAAGAAACAAUGGACGUUAAACUCGAUCCACUGAAAAGGCUUUGUAAAAUUAUGAUGUCUUGUCCAAAAUUGGGCCUUGACACAGAGCUCGACCAAAGCGGGAUUAGGGUUUCACCGGAGAUGGUCGAAGACGUCCUUAAGAGAUUUGAAAAUGCUGGAAUGCUUGCGUAUCGUUUCUUUGAAUGGGCUGAAAAGCAACAUAAUUAUGAGCAUAGUACUAAAGCCUACCACUUCAUGAUUGAAUCUCUUGCCAAGAUAAGGCAAUAUCAGAUGAUGUGGGAUCUUGUAAAUAAGAUGAAAGCCAAGGGAAUGCUUAAUAUUGAAACAUUUUGCAUAAUGAUGAGAAAAUAUGCUAGGGCCCAAAAGGUAGAGGAGGCUGUAUACACUUUCAAUAUCAUGAAUAAGUUCGACGUGCCCCCCAACCUAGCCGCUUUUAACGGCUUAUUGAGUGCUCUAUGCAAAUCGAAGAAUGUGGGAAAAGCUCAGGAGAUUUUCGAUAGUAAGAAAAAGGAGUUUAUUCCUGAUUCAAAAACUUAUAGCAUAUUGAUCGAAGGUUGGGGAAGGGCUCCCAAUCUUCCCAAGGCAAGGGAAAUUUACAGGGACAUGAUUGAGGUGGGCUCUAAUCCCGAUAUUGUGACUUAUGGGAUCAUGGUUGAUAUACUUUGCAAGGCUGGAAGGGUUGAUGAGGCUGUUGAAAUUGUCAAGGAGAUGGACUUCAGCGGUUGCAGGCCAACAUCCUUUAUUUAUAGUGUUUUAGUCCAUACAUAUGGGCUAGAAAACCGGAUUGAAGAUGCGAUAGAUACAUUCCUUGAAAUGGAAACAAAUGGAGUUGAGGCUGAUGUAGCUGUAUAUAAUUCUCUAAUUAGUGCUUUCUGUAAGGUAAAUAAAUUCCAAAAUGCCUAUAGGGUUCUGAACGACAUGCAAUUGAAGGGGGUGGACCCCAAUGCAAGGACCUGCAAUAUUAUUCUGAGUGGCUUGAUUGGUCGAGGUGAGACUGAUGAUGCUUUUAAGGUUUUCCGGAGGAUGCUCAAAAUUUGUGAUCCUGAUGCAGACACGUAUACUAUGAUGAUAAAGAUGUUCUGUGAGCGGAGUGAGAUUAAUAUGGCUCGUAAAGUGUGGAAAUAUAUGAAACGCAAGCAAUUUGUUCCCAGCAUGCAUACUUUUUCUGCACUUAUAAAUGGGCUGUGCGAAGACGGUGAUGCCCCUGGUGCUUGUGUGUUGAUGGAAGAGAUGAUAGAGAAAGGAAUGCGCCCCGGUAGGAUGACAUUUGGAAAAUUAAGGAAACUACUUCUCAAGGAAGAGAGAGAAGAUGUACUCGAAUUCCUUCAGGAGAAAAUUAAUCUUAUGGUUAGGGAGCCCUUAUCUGAUUAAGAAACCAUUUAGAUGAUGUAUUUCUGACAAUUCCUGAUUAUGAUUUGCUGUUGAAUCUGAUCUCUAGAGUCAGAAUAUCCAAGUGACUUGUACUACUUCAAAAACAGAUAAAGAUAUACUGGUCAUGCAGCAACUGAGCUUGCUAAGGACUUUAUUUCAUUAGUGAGACUAAUUUGGAGCAGUUGGAAAAUUUGUAAGUUUGGGAAAUUUAAGGCCAGUCCUUGUUAAAUAUUAGAGUUUGGAAAAGUUAUUUCCUUUCCGAUUUUGGUUAAUUAGUAAAAGAAACUUUGCCAAGUGAAGAUGGUUGAUACAAGUGGACAAAAAGCCAAGCAGCUUUGCAAUCAAGGAUUCAUAAUUGCCGCGCAAGCACCUCGAAAUUCAACUCUAUUGAAGAAGCAUGAUGCACAAGCAUCGCCAGAUGCCCAGGUUAACUCCGGGAUGUCAUAGGAACCCUUUCCGUAUAAACACCACUUGACAAGAGCACCAUUGCCGCCUCUAUGCCAUAAUCAGCCUAAUUAACAUCAACAGACAACUAAUUAGGAGCAGAAAGGAGGGUCUACUCAUCCAUUGCAUCCUGAGAAAGGAACCUGCCGAUGCUCAGACUUCCAUGGAUUGCCCAAGAUAACAAAUCCAGAAGUCUAAAAUUUGACAUAGUAUUGCUGUCAACCAGACAUUGUUAACAAUAAUCUUUCACAUAGUAGCUGACUAGUUGUAUAACUUUUCGUGUUUUCACAUUUGAAAUUCUAACAGCAGGACUCGCACUCCUACAUUUUUUUCCGCACUUUCGCCUAUACGAUUUACUUACACUGGUAAGAUUAAGCUAGCAUAAUUGACAAAGUCAGAUUCAUUUCAUUCAACAAGCACCAAGACGGUGUCAAAAGGUGUUUACGAAGUGAGUGGAUGGUUGGUUCAACCACAGUUACCAUACAUAUUGUCUCAAUCCUCCAAAACAAAGAAGGGAUAUUUUUCGUUUUGAAGAAAAUGCAGAUUCUCCUCGGUGUAACUACUGUCCUUUUCACUAUUCUGGACGUUUUGCUAUACUCAAGUCUCCAUUGUCGGAAAGCUCAUAAUUAGAUAUGAAGGUUGGUAUAGUGUAGAUUGGGCAGCCAAGAGCACCUAAUUUGCGUAUUUCCGCUGACCCGAAACCAAUUGAUCUAAGCUAUGAACAGAUUUUGAAGAGAAGUCUAACAGGUCCUAGAGGACCGGAACCCACAUACGUGGCAAAAGGCCAACAUCAAAAAAACAUUUCAGAAGAGCUGGGGGAAAUAGCACGCUAACCAACAUCCAUCAAUAUGCUAACACCAAUCACAGUGGAAAAACUAAAGACCCGUUCGGCAAGUUGUGCCAGCUUUUAGGUUAAAUUUCUAAAAAGAUUUGCUCUUAUCCAAAUAGCCACACCUAAACAAUCAUUAACUGGUUUUCUUCAUGAAUGUAACCAUCAUGAAUCAAACACUAGUCCCGUGCAAGUAGUUUGUGUUCAGUUACAUUGAAAACCAACACUCCUAUCCCUAGCAGUUAGCAACCUUUACACAUUGACAGUGUGGAACAGUUACACCUUCCUUUCUAUGUACCAGCAAAAAACAUUAGAGAAAUGAAGGACCUAUUUCACUACAUCAAAUUUGGCCUGCGGGUUGGAAAUCAUCACUGGGCACUCCCCCUUCUCGUCAUACUCAGCAAACUCAUCUCCGGACAAAUCAAUGCCUUCAAAUUUUGUUCCCUCAAGCUGCAUCAAGUGAAUCAAAUUAGAACUGGCUCGACAUUUCCAUAACACAAAAAUCUAAGAAUUUGACAUAGAA